AGUUUCGAGUAGUUUUUUUCAUCGGAAAAUCAAAAAACGAAAUUUGUUCACAAAUUUUAAUUUUUUCCUACGAUUUUACUAUCCGAUUUCAAUUGAAAUGUCUUCCAUGGAGAAUGAGAAUAAUGGAGAAAAUGAUGAGAUUGUCGAUAGCGAUAAAGAAGAUUCGAAUGAUGAUUCAAACUCCAAUUCCUCCUCAUCAGAUGAAUUUGAAAGUUCGGAUUUAGAAUGUGUGGAUAAGGAUAAGGAAUAUAAUAACAUAUUGGUAGAUGUUGAAAAACAAUUCUAUCUCAUUCGAUUAUUGUAUAAGAAUGAGAAAAAUUUUGAAAUCGAUACGAAAAUACAGCAAAUAUGUGAGGGGAUAGCACCCGAAUAUAUACAACCAUUCGAAGAAUUAAUUGCACAGAAUCGAAUUCGUCUAGAGAUAGCCGAAUUAAUACGAAAUUAUCGCCUGAAUAAUCUCAAACAAUUUUAUGAUGCAGAAAAAUUGGCAGCUGAACAGAAUUACAUGAAUGAAAAAGAAUUACUCAAAGAUUCUAUACGUAAAGAUGUUGAGGAAAAGAUACAGAAAUUAAAUGAAGAACGUUACAAAGCGGAUAGUGAAUUUUUUUCCGUAUCAGUAAAUUAUAUGAAAAAAUCAAGAAAAUAUUCCUAUAAUGAUGAUUAUAAUGGUGGUCAUCAUGAAAAACGUCGGAAAGCCGUGCCAAUAAGUGGUCCAUACAUUAUUCAUCGAUUGAAAGAAGAUGAAAUCAAAGAGGAUGUAAACUUUAUUAAAUGUUGUUUGAGAUCUCAGAAAAAUAAUUACAGUAUGCAUCAUCAUAAUAAUAAUAAUAAUCAUCAAUACUCACAUCAUUUUUAA